AGCGGCCUCGGCAACCUCGAUCUCUCCAAGCUAUCCGACCGCGACAAGCAAGAACUCCAGCAAUUCGCCAUGAACGAAGGCCAAAAGGCUAGAAUACAAUCUUCCAUCCACUCCCUAACCGACACCUGUUUCCGCAAGUGCAUCCCGACCGGCACGGUUAAAUCCGGUAAACUGGACAAGUACGAGGAGCCGUGCAUGCGACAGUGUGUGGAUCGGUUUUUGGAUGCGAAUUUGGUCGUGUUGAGGGAGUUGGAG